AUGAAAGUCGAUUUUACCUGCCUCAUCUUGAUUGCUUCUUUAGCUAUUGCCACCAUAACACAAGCUUUACCGCAGGGUGGUCAAAAUGACCAAGCCGACCAGUCUAUGAAAGAACAACGACGUAAUAUGAUGCUGCCGUUUGAUUCGACGCCAUGCGAAGCGUCUUUUUUCUACCAUGGCGGGUGUCAAAAGUGUCCUUCGGAUUAUUUUCACAAGUUUGGUAACUGUAUGGGAUUUCAGCCAAUGCCAUUUAUGACGGGAAUUCAACCUCUGGGGCAACCACUUCAGGGACAACCACCUCAGGGACAACAACCUCAGGGACAACCAUUUCAAACAAUUCAGGAACUUCCUCAAACAACUCAGGAACUUCCUCAAACAACUCAGGAACCUACGGAAACAACUCAGGAACCUACGGAAACAACUCAGGAACUUACGGAAACAACUCAGGAACCUACAGGAACAACUCAGGAACCUACAGGAACAACUCAGGAACCGGAACCUACUCAAAACCCGACUCAAGAACCAAUCCAAAAAGAGAGUUCUUCUGUUAACAAGCAGACGGUAAUAGAACCCAUUGUCAUUGUUUUGCAUGAAUCGGACCCAGAAUGUAUUCAUGAAUCUUCUGUUUGUACUGAUGAAAGCCUGCCUAUGUCAGUUAAAAACGAUGUCGAUGAUACCGUUGAUGACCUAGAACAUGUCGAUAACGUAGAUUAA